CUUAGCUACUCUCCUCUUUGUCUUCUCUCUUCUCUCUUCUCCCUCUCCAAAAUGAUGAUGGAUUGCCAAGCAUGGCCUGAGCCUGUCAUCCGAGUCCAGGCCUUAGCCGACAGUGGCUUAACCACCAUCCCGAAACGUUUCAUCUCUCAGCCACCCACCACGACCGCCCCCUUUCUCCGUCAUCACAAUGCUUCCUUAUCUCAUGAGCUUAACAUUCCCGUCGUCGACCUCGGUGGUGACCCUGAGGAGACCGUUCGCCUCGUGGGGGAGGCCUGCCGGAACUGGGGCUUCUUUCAGGUGGUCAACCACGGCGUCAGGCAUGACCUCAUGAGUAGCGCCAGGGCCGUGUGGCGCGAGUUCUUUAACCAGACGGCGGAGGAGAAAGAGCAGUUCGCCAAUUCUCCGGCGACUUAUGAGGGCUACGGCAGUCGGUUGGGAGUCCAAAAGGGUGCCAUUUUGGAUUGGAGUGACUACUUCUUCCUCCAUUUCAUGCCUGCUUCUCUUCGCAACAAAGCUAAGUGGCCUGCUCUUCCGCCAUCUCUCAGGGAAGUGGUCGAUGAAUAUGGAGAAGAAGUGGUGAAGCUAGGAGGAAGGAUAAUGAAGAUAAUGUCAAGGAAUCUAGGGUUACAAGAGGAUUAUCUUCUGAAUGCAUUUGGAGGAGAAGAAGGGAUUGGUGGUUGCUUGAGGGUGAAUUUCUACCCAAAGUGCCCACAACCUGAUCUCACACUUGGCAUCUCACCACAUUCUGAUCCAGGAGGUCUCACUAUUCUUCUUCCUGAUGAUCAUGUCUCUGGCCUCCAAGUUCGCAAAGACGACCGUUGGAUCUCUGUGAAACCUCUCCCUAAUGCCUUCAUCAUCAACCUCGGCGACCAACUUCAGAUUGUGAGCAAUGAGAUAUACAAAAGUGUGGAGCACAAGGUUGUGGUGAACUCAAAGAGUGAUAGGGUAUCUUUGGCUUUCUUCUAUAACCCUAAGAGUGAUGUGGUGAUUGAACCAGCCAAGGAGCUUGUGACUGAGGAAAGGCCGCCUCUCUACCCACCAAUGACUUUUGAUCAGUACAGAGCCUUCAUUAGGACCAAAGGACUUAAUGGCAAAUCUCAAGUUCAGUCUUUGAUGAAUUGCGAUAAUAAUUAAGUAAUAAUUUGUAAUAAUUCUAUGAUAUUUCCAUCCAUAUAUA